AUGGAGGAAGAGAUGUCGAAUCGCCGAGUGUCGGGCCGGACUCGUAAGGUUGCCUCGAAGAUGGCGGCGGCUCUUACGAGCACCGACAAUCGAACUCAGGCCGCUGUAGCUCGGCUUGAGGCUUUAGAGAAUGACAAUGGCGCCAUCGAGGUUGUGGAUAUGAACGAUGACGAAGAAGCCUCUAUGGACGAAGACGAUGAUCACGGAUUCGUACAGAAGAAGCAACCCAAGGGAUCAAAGCGUAAAACUCGACAGGCAAAAGCUUUGGAAGCUCGUAAAGCUCCUAAAUCCUUCGUUGAGCUCUUGCAGGAGGCAAAUUUGGAAGCUUUACCGUCGCAUGUGCCAACUUACCUGAAAGCAGCCGUGGGACCUCCGAGUUCGUCUUCUCGUCGCCAUUUCUGCACAGUUUGUGGAUACAUCGCAGGCUACAAUUGCUGCUUAUGUGGGAUGCGUUUUUGUUCUAUUCGUUGCCAAAACAUUCACAAGGACACUCGUUGUCAGAAGUUUGUUGCAUAG